AUGCAGGCAUUGGGAAAGAGAAGAACACCUGCUGGUCAACCACAACCAGAUUGGCUUUUUCCUGCCGGCUCUGGUGCUGAUGCCAAUCAAGCCCCAGCUAACAAAUCUGGCAACGAAGGACGUUCGAAGAACAAGCAGGACAAAAAAAUUGCACAAGAUCUCCUCAACCGCCGAGAUGCAGGCGAACCCCCAAAGUCUGGAAUUCCUUCUCAUUUACUCGAUCUUGUCGGCAAAUUCCUCGAACAGCACGAACUCAUGCAAACUAGUCGCACCUUGAAGACUGAACGUCGCAACCGAGAGGAUGCAACUGCAGGAGGCAACAGCACUACCACCUCCCUUGAAGAUAUUUACAAUGAAUGGCAGGCGUCCAAAGAGGAGAUUGCGGCACUCAAAGCUGCGGCCAUUCAAAAGAACGAAACCCCAAAGCCAAAGGCAGCCAAGGCUUCUUCUGAGGAUACCUCGAGCAGCAGUAGUAGCAGCAGUGACAGUAGUGAUUCGAGCAGCGAGGAGGAAAGUGAAGAGGAAAGUGAUGUCGAGAUGGCAGAUGCUCCACCGGCCAAGAAAAAUGCGUCCCGAAGAUCUUCCUCAUCUUCCUCUUCUUCGUCUUCGUCUUCCUCGUCGUCCUCUUCUAGCAGUUCCGAUAGCGAUGCUGAUGAUGAAGAUGAUGCGCCAUCAGUUGUCAAAUCUCCCUCACCGAAACCAAAAGUCAACACUCUGAAACGAAAAGCUACUUCGGAUAGCGAUUCAUCGUCAUCCGAUUCGGAUUCAAGUUCAGAAGAAGAUGCCCCGAAAUCUAAGAAGGCCAAGACAGCUGCUACCGACAAAGAGUCUACAGCAUCUUCAUCGGAAUCUAGCUCUGAAGACGACUCUAGCUCUUCUGAUUCGUCCGACUCCGACUCCGAUUCUGACUCCGAUUCUGAUUCUGAUUCCGAUUCUUCUACACAAUCAAUUGCGAAGAAAACUCCAUUGCCUGAGUCUGAUUCUGAUUCAUCUUCCGACUCCAGUUCCGACUCUGAUUCGGAGAGCGAUUCUGGCAAAGUUACAAAGAAAGAGCCAGUGGCUAGCUCAGAUACCAGCGAGACUCUUUCCGAAGGCAAGGGCUCAUCUAAUGACAAAGUCCUAGAUCCCCCAUUGCCACCGAUUCCUACCGCGAAGCUUCCUAGAAAACAAAACGUACCAUUUUCUCGCAUUCCAAAAGAUACCAAAGUCGACCCGAGAUUGGCCAGUAACGCAUUCGUACCAUAUGAUUAUGCGCAGAAGGCUCAUGAGGAUUUGAUCAUUACAAAGGCAAGGGAGAAGAACAAGAAGAAGCGCGGAAGCUACAGAGGCGGUUUCAUUGAUGUUGAAGGAAAAAAGGGUAUCAAAUUCGAGGACUAG